CCAGUUGGAAAAUGGUGCGCGCUAAAAUACGCACCAGUUGACGAUAUAUGCGCGAUGGAUACUGGCGACCCGCGAACAAGUGAACACCGCAAGUGAAGUGAAGUGACGACGAUGACGUUGUCUGCGCGAGUGUGAACGAACGGAAUAUUUUGUUUAUGUCACAUGUCGCGGAAUGUUUGACGCUGGCUACCGUCGACGCGAUAUCGAAUAGUUUCCGAUCUGAUAUGCGAUAAGACUUCGAUAGUUUAGUAACACAUUUACUUAACUCCGUACUUAAAUAAUCUCUGUUCUGUGUGAUAUUCGUAACUAAGUGAUCAGUGGGCUGUGAUUAGUCAGUUGAAUUGUGUGGUGCAGUGAAGUUGUGAGUGUUGUGGUUUGCCAGGCUGCUUGGAUUUCCCGCAACAUUGGAUCCAGAGGAGGAUAUCUUCGAUGAGGGAACUCACAUGUCCUCAGCGGUCGCUGAAAAUGCAGGGCUCGGCCCACAUGACCUCCAAGAUUGGACUAAGAUGAGUUCAGUGACCGCGGGGGUCAACAACAAGAAGAGGAAAAAACAAGAACCCAAGGCUCAGUCGCAAAUCAACAAGUGCCUUAAUGAGAAGCGGCGGCGAGAGCAGGAGAACAUCCACAUUGAAGAGCUGGCUGAGCUGAUUUCCGCCAGCUUCACGGAGAUGAGCUCACUGUCUGUCAAACCCGACAAGUGUGCCAUCCUCCAGGAAACAGUGAACCAGGUAGGCUCACCCAGCCAACAACUAGGUAGGCCAUUGACCAAAUGCGACAUCCUCGAGGAAGCGAUCAACAAGAUCAGAUCCAUCAAACAGCAGGAAAUAACUGCCAAUUGUGAUGCCGCAGUUCAACAAGGAGAGGUCUCCUCCUCUAAGCCUACCAUCAUAGCUCAUGAGAUAUUCGGACCCUUACUACUCGAGGCACUGGAGGGGUUCCUUUUCGUAGUCAGUAAGGAGGGCAACGUCGAGUUUGUCACCGACAACGUUACCAAUUUCCUUAAUUAUAGCAGAGAAGAAGUUCUUGGAAAGUGUAUUUAUAAUUUCAUCCACCAUGGAGACCAUGUCAGGUUCAACCAUGUGCUGAUGCCGGUCAGUAACAUCGGCUGGCUCCCCGGGGUAGACCAAGCACAGAAGAACAGAACCUUCACGUGCCGCCUCCUAGUCAAACCUCCGGACGAACAAGAAACCAUGGAGGAGAAGCAGCAGAGAGUUAGCAAAUACGAGAACAUGCAGAUCUCAUCAACCCAAGUUCCGUUUCCCGGCAACAAGUCCGGGGAGGGGAGUGGUGGAGGGGAGGAGUGUGGGGACUUUGGUCCGUGUCUGAUGUGCGUCGCACGGAGGAUACCACAGAACGAGAAACACCUCCAACUGGGCGCACCGAUCGAACAGUUCGCUAUCAAACUGGAGCCGAGCGGGAAGAUCGUCGCUGUAGACGCUAGUGGACUGUCGAGUAACUACUCUCAGUACAUUAACAAGGACCUUAUAAACUGGAACAUUCACGAGCUUGUACACCCAGCAGACAAGGGGAAGGCAGCCAAUUACCUGAGGGAUAUGUUGGGCGGCUCUGGCAACAACGACAGUGUAAGUCCGAUCUACAGACUUCGGGUGUCUCACACGCAAGACAAGUACGUCCACGUCCAGACCAAGGCAAAGUUCUUCAAGUGUUCAGGCAAUGCGGAGAGUGACUUUGUCAUGGCGACACACUCCAUCAUCAACGACAACGACGUUGUGGCUGCAGAAGCCAACUCUCCACAGUGCUCCCAGAGUUCGGGCAGCGGUAGUGUUGGUGGCCCGUUGAUGGGCAGUGUUAACGGGAACGUGCGCGAAGGAAUGAUGAGCACGAACUUUACGAGUUUCUCGUCAAAUAAUGACUUAAAUUAUGAUUUUAUGGACUUCCCGACGUCCACGCUGGUGGGCGAGCUAGGCAUGAUGACGGAGGAGAGGCCGUGGGAUCGCCCAGAGAGUAGACAUUCAACCCCCGCCCCUAGUCCCCACCCCUCGUUUGCCCCCGCGCAGCCGAGCCCAUACCAGUCCACAAUAUCGUUCCCCUUCAGUCCGAUACCAGAUCAGCCGCCACCCUUGGAAGAAACCAAAGAAACGAGGAAAGACAGCACGGAUAACGGCAGCUCCUCAGAAGGAGACUCGGCGCGGCUGCGAAACUUGCUGCUGAUGAAGCGUCCGAGCGUAGAUAGUGACGAAGGAGGAGGGGGAGGGGGACAGAAACAUCAAGUACUCAAGACAUUGCUGAACCAAGAGGAGGAGGACCCCAGUAAAACUAGACCUGCCUCGGACCCACCCACACCUACUCCCAAGGCGUCUUCCGGCAACAACAUGCUGCUCAAGCUGUUGAAUGAGAAGAGUGAUGAUGAUGAUCAUGAGUCAAGAGCUGGACUGAAGAAGCAAAACGAGCUUCUGACACAGCUGCUGAAGGAGGAAGAAAAUAAGAACCAACACUCGCACAUUGAUGGACAGCAAGAAGACCCUCUGCUCAAGUCGCUCGGCUUCUCCCCGUCACCAGAGGGGGUCGGACGAGCGCGCAAGAGGCCGAGUGAAGAAGGUGACGAGCCACCAGCCAAGCGAGGACCACUCUCGACCCUAGAUACUCUACCACCAGUCAGUACGUCAGCUCCCAGCAACAGCAAACUGUGGGAGAAGAACAAGAUGCUGGCGUCGCUACUGGCCAAGCAACCGUCCAACCCCACACCAGCACAGAUCCCUCCCAUUCCUGCCAGCGUGAUAUCAGCCACGCCUCAGGACAAACUGCCGAGGAUCAUCAAACAACAAGGGUGGUCGGGCGGCAGCAUACAGCAGAGUGGGGUGCUGACGCGGCCUACGCAGCAGAUGGUGGACUCUGUAGCUAGGCAGCGAGCACCUCAACAAUACCAACAACAACAGUACAACAACAACAACAACAGCUGGGACCACAACCAGCGGACUAGCGAUCAGCUUAGUGAUCAGUUCCUUUCAGAUAUACUGGACCAGGUCAUCGACAUCGUACCUGACGCUAUAGCCACUGACCCAGCCUCCAUCAUGGACUUGCUGGACCAGAUGGGUGAAACUCCAGUCACCAACUCCGGCCAGUUCCAACAGACCAUGAGUGAGAAGAUGGCCAUCAAUGCUAUACAGAAGUCUCUCAUGCAGUGUGAGACUGUGGUCAAGAGUCCUACCUACCCCACCAACACGAUGGGUCAGACGCAACAAGGGUUCCCGGGUCCACCACCCAUGUACUCGACGAGACCAAGGUUCAGUGUACAGCAAGGUCAACAGAUCACCAUCCGUCCUGGCACUCCGCAGUACGCCAUCGCCAACCAGCAGCAACAACAACUACUGGUACAGCAGCGGCUCAAGAUACAACAGGCUCAGCAACAGAAACAGCGGUUGCUUCAGCAACAGCAGCAACAACAGCUGCUCAUACCCAUCAAUGCUGCGGCCAGUGGCGACGGUCUGCACAACAUUGACUCGCUCAUCAACAACACAGUCGCGCCCAACGUCUCGUUACAGAGAUCGUCCAGUGUUAAUGACUCCCAACUGUCCCCUAGUAACCUCGUAGCCAGUGGUGGGGGAGGCCCAAUGCUCAACAGUACCAGCCAGAUCUCCCCCUCUCAGCGGCAACCCUACUCCCCCCUCUCUCACCAACCCUUCUCUCCUGUAAAUGGUGGGAUCAACAACUUCCAGGCUGGUGGUCAGUCAGCUGGUCAGCAGCAGGCCAAUGCCCAGGCCAGGUUAUCUCCCUCAGGGUUACCAACCUUCCAGCAAGCCCAGCUGUCCCCUCGUGUCUCUCAGGCACAACAGGCAGGAGGUGGGUACACUGUGAUGAGUCAGGCAGGCUCGUGGCCUCAGCAGCAAGCCAGACUCACUCUACAGCAGCAGCAGAACCCCAUGCUCAAUGCUCAACUCACGGGAGGAGCGUAUACCAACAACAGGACCUUCGUGAGUCAGCAGCAACAGGUGCAACAACAGCAACAACAACGGCCCAACCAGCCACAACAACUGCCUCCUGUGAGGUCUCUGACCUCGCCCAGCGCGCGCCAGAGUCCUUUCCCCGCAGACGGCACGCAGUACCGGCUCCAGAGGACCAUCAGUGCGCCGCCGCAAGCCACCACCCAGCUCCCAGGGGGUGUUCGCCACUACGCCGCCUCUCCAAUGAAGGAACAUCACCCCCUUCUGUCCCCCUCGUAUCCUCCCCAGCCCCACCCUCAUCAACCCCACCAAAUGAUGUACCCGGAAUCUUCACAGUUCUGUUUUGAUCAGAAUUCGUUGCAAUUAUACGGUGCGACGUGUGAUCGAGCCAGACUGCCUGGGGGGGCUGGAGGUAACAACGGCAUGACGGAGUACGUGAGACAAGAGUUGCGUGCGAUGGUAGGCGCGAGACAACAACAGGUACGGAUACUCCCAGGCCAGGUGUCACCGGCGGACUUUGAGGCUCUAGGGCUCUCCUUCGAAAUGUCCAACCAAGGUGGAGGAGAAAGCCCAAAGAUGAACUGGGGAAAUAUGAACUCUGAUAUGUCUGCCGUCUCUCCACAGUCUGCCAUUCAGAGGACGGGCAUGGAGGAGGUGUCAAGGUCGUCAGAUCCCAGCAGAUCCUCUCUCCUGCAGAAACUCCUCUCAGAGUGAUAGUGGCCUCAACAAGUGCAUUAUUGUUAUCUCAACUGACUCUUUAUUUUGUAAUUUUAUUCUUUAACAAGAACUCGAAGCGUAUUUUGUUAUUCGAGGUGCGAGUGUAUACUGCCGUUAAUCCUCAGGUUAAGUUUCGUGCGGUUGGUAAUGUUCAUCUCUUCAACAACUGUACAAAUCAAACCCGUUUGUAUUUAUGUGAUUAUAAGUUUUUGUUGUAAAAUUCUUAUUUUACGAACAAAACCAUUCGGUGUUUACUGUAAUUGUUAAGAUUAUCUUCUCUUUUCUCAUACACGUUUACAAAUAUUGUAAUACUAUUCAUGUAAAAUGUAUAUAUUUCAUAGUUAUUGUUACAUAUUUAUUGUAUAGUUGUUAAAAUUUAAUAAUAUUACCUUAUUUUUACUUGGCUUUGAUUUAUUGUGUAAUUUUGCUAUUGAUUUUCUUAGAUUAGACAGAAAUAAAUAUCAACUCACACCAAAUAUAUUUUCUUAAGGAAUGACGGAGAUAUUGAUGUUUCACAGUGACAGUUUAUUUUUAUUGUAGUGGAAAUCGUUUUAAAAUCUUAAUUAAGAUUGGUUUUAUUAUUUACAAAUGUUGAAGCUAUGAACAGACCCAGAGCCAUACUUGUCUACCAGUCUGUAUACACGCCCUACCAUUCAUUUAUACUCAAAUUAAUAUAAUAUAUUCACAAAUACCAAUAUGUAAUCUCACAAUACUGUAUGUAAUAGUUUUUAUAAGAUGCCAAUUUUUUGGUACUGCCCAAGUCAAUACCUUUUUAAACUAUUAUUUUACAACAUAUACUAACUACGAGUGUUUCAGUUAUUAUUUAUGAUGUCGAAAACACAUUUUUUUUUACUUUUUCUAUACAUGUUCUUUUUAACUUUUUUUAAUUUUCGAAGCUGGUUAUUGAUUUGUAUGUGUUGGUCGCAUUAUUGAGAUUUUAAAAAUAUUGUUAAUAUUUCAAAUUUUAUUUUACAAUGAUUGUGUUGUGCAGACUAUGUUCCUAAGUGUGUAUUGUUUAGCCAGUUUUAUUUAAGUUAUUUCAAAAUAAAUUUGGAAGAUUACGAAUUUACGGAGUUAUUGUUCGCUAUAAAUAAUAUGCAGCAUGAUAAGGAUUGUACAGAGAAUGUUGUGUAAAUUUUAUUUUUGUAUAUAAAAUAAAACUGUUAAAUUUUAUCUUAUUGUGAUUUAAUAAUGUAGGUUAUUGAUGUAAACAAUUUGUCAAACUACUUUACUUUUUUAGUUCCGAUUAAAAGUUUUCAUUCCUUGUUUAAUGUAUUGAUCGGGUUUUAUUAUUUCUCCUGUUUUUUCUAUCAAGAAAUGAGUUGGACAGUACAGUACAUAUUUUCAUAGCUGCGAUUUGGUUUGCAUAUGAAUUAACUCAUUGAACUUUUUCAUGUGUUGUUAACAAUAUCCAAACUCUCGUAAUGUAUUAACGUUUCUCUAUCAAGUGGCUUGAUCCUGUAACAUGUUGCUGUUGUUGUAAAGCUUUGCUAAGCUGUGUAAGUAAUUUUAUGAGAUUGUAUCACUAUUAAUAAUUUUUUAUAUAAAGGCUGUUAAUUUCCUAUAAUGUAAAGCAUCGAUGAUUACAUAAAAAUUAUUCUUUUUAAAUAAUUCUAAAACUGACCUCGUACAGAUAGGCAGUUCAAUUUCAUUGAUAAUUAGGAAUGUUUUGCUACAACCACCCAGCUCAUUUCAAGUAUCGAUGCUCUAUUUUUGAAUCGGUGUCUAAAAAAUUAUAAUGUUUCAUACACGUUUAGAAAUAUUUUCUUAGAUAGGUAGAUGUCUCUAUUUUGCCAUAUCUGAAACUUUUUUAAAGAGAAUGAAUAUAUAAAUGGAUAUUUUUUCUGUAUUUUUUUAUUGUAUUUGUAAAUGAUGAGUUGUGAAUAAAUUGUUAUUGGAAUUGUGAUGGGUGUUCCGGGUUAGUUACAUUAGUGUUUCAUGUCCACUCUCACCAUACUGUCCGUUCAUUUCCCUUCUUCUUCUUCUCUCUAUACUGUGACGCUGUGCUAUAGAAGGCAGUAUAUAUCCUCCGGUUAUGUGAUGAUCAAGUACAAAACCUUUUCUGUGUUAGCUCGCUCAGUUGUUUGCUAUUUUUUACAGUUGUAUAAAGUUAAGGCCCUUCGAUAUAUAUUUUUUUAUUGUAUUUGGAACAGACUUAAGAUUUAUGUUACAGUGCAAACGAUUUGAAACAGCUUAUAGAAACCAAAGCCUUGUAUAUUUGUACAGAGUUAGGUUCGGUUCCGUUUCACUCCUGGACUAUUUUGCACUUCGGUACAUUUAGUUGACAAUAGAAGGGCUGUUUCGACAAAAGAAAUGUCUAAUAGUAAUUAGAGUAAGUAGAAUAGGAGACAUCAGAAAUUAGUCACUUAAUAUUUUUGUAUACAUAUUGAGACCGAAAAAGUUUGGUCCAGUCAAAUUUUUGAAGCGGAAGACUUUAAUUUUUUAUGCCUGCUGCUGUUGUUAAUUCGAUUUGUAUAAUCUUUGUGUAUAAUAUUAUCUUAAUUUUACAUUUUAUGACCCCUACUUGGUUUUGUAAAGAUUGUUCAUUUGGAUGUCCUUUAUGGCUACCAUUUGCCGUUAGUAUGAACAAAGGUUUUAUUAAAGAAGAGUUGAU